AUGCCGGGUAAAUGGAAACGCGCGAGUAAGCCAAAGACUAGAACGGGAUGUUCUACAUGCAAAAUCCGCCAUAUCAAAUGCGACGAGGAGAAGCCGGAAUGUGCUCAGUGCAGAAAGACCGGGCGCAAAUGCGAUGGAUACGAUAAACCACCCGCGAAGAAAUCGCAGAACCAAGUUGUAGCGCGCGCAGCUCCCCAGAUCGAUCCGUCGGGCCAUAUUGUCUUGCUCCCCGGGACGCGCGAGGAGCAGAAAUAUGUGCAUUUCUUCUGCACGCAGACCGCGCGCGCCAUGUCGGGAGUGUUUCAAAGCGAGCUAUGGGACCGAUUACUGCCGCAAAUCAGUCAUUCUGUACCGCUGGUCAGACAUGCUGUUGCGGCGGUCAGUGCGGCGCAUGAGGAAUUCCUGUGUCGCGGGCUGGUGUUGCACAGGGCGAAUGAGGAAUUUGCGCUGCAGCAGUAUAACAAGGCGAUCAAGCAUCUGAUCGAGUAUAUGUCAUCGCCAGACCAGACGAUAGAUCUGACUCUUAUCACGUGUUAUUUGUUUAUGUGCCUGGAGAUGCUGAAAGGGGAUAAUUCGCAAGCAUUGAAUCACUUGGAGUCGGGGAUGCGGAUUUUACAUCGUCGCGAUGCUACCGGUCAAUACUCGGCACUGACGAGGGAUAUGGACCGGGAACUGUCACAUCUCAGCCUGCGACUGAACAUCCAACUGUCUUUUCACAAACGAUCGAUGAUGGUGUUCCAGCUGGACGAUCCAGUACCAAAACACCACACCACGGGGGAAAUUGCCUUCACGCAAAUAUCUGAGGCCAGACAUUCGUUAGAUCGCCUGAUGAACAUAGGAUUAGUGUUCGUUCGCGAAGCAUCAUUCAAGAAAAGUGUGGCCGGGGGUAGAGACGGUUGCCUACCACGCCAACAGGAAUUAUGUCGAGAAUUUGAAGCGUGGAAGAAUGCUUUCGAAAGGUUCCUGGCAGCGGACCAGCAAACGAUGAAGUCCACUGAUUGUCGAGCGUCACUACUUCUGUGGAUUCAGUGUCGAGUGUCGCAAAUAUGGACGGAAACAUGCCUAGCAAUGGACGAGAUGAUAUACGAUGAUCAAAUCGAAACAUUCGAGGCGAUUGUAAGAGAUGCGGAACACCUCGUUGCAAACAACAACGACAGGGAUCCUGAAGCUGGAAACCUGAAUAAACGAUUCACUCUUGAAGCAGGAGUCAUUCCGAUGUUGUACUGGAGCGCAAUCAAGUGUCGUCAGCCGCUCGUCCGGCGGAGAGCAUUGGACGUCAUAUCUCGGAGUCCGGAGCAAGAAGGCCUCUGGCGACAAAAGCGAUUCCUGAAAGUGGCAGAGAUGGUAAUAGAGCUAGAAGAGCAAGAUUUGUUGGCACUGCCGAUCGAAAAAAGGGUUCCGACCGACCAGCAACGGGUGUACGAGUCGAAGGGAAAGGAUGAGAAGGAGGCAAGUCCGUGUCAGAUAACCGUCCUAACCAGGCCGAACGGUCAGGACAAGGAAUGGCACUGUCAGACUAAGUGGGUACACUGGGAAUGA